UUGGGUAAUAGUCGGCAAACGUGCCUAUUUUUAUUAUUUUUAAUGUAAGGAAAAGUUAUAAGUAACAUUAAAAAUACGAAUCGGUACCGCAGGUUAAGUGGCGGCAUUAAAGUGCUUCGUUUGAAAAGAAUUUGCAGACCAAGACUAAACAGCAGAUUGUGUGAGCAAUAAAAUCCCGGUGCUGUCAAAAAUGAUAUUCUUCGAGGGGUUUCAGGGGAACAGACAUCCAAUGCAUCCCAUGCAAAGAAGGGAGCCACCCGUUCCUCAAGCUGACAACCCUGGCAAUCAGUGUGUGGAGGUGAACCAUGACGACAUAACCUCCUUACACAAACGCCAAACGACAUCCGCAAAACACUUGACCAUUUACGACAUCUCCAACAAACUUCAAAGGUAUGGCGAAUAUGACAUAGGAGGCAGUUUCACUGACAACGAGCCUGACUUGUGGUUCUAUUUCAAUACAUCUUACUGCCCGGGGAACAAGUGUCUUCUCAACCUAUACGUAUGUCUAAGAAAAGUUGGCAGCUUCAGCAUCGGGAUAAGCAAAUCCCCUGAAGUUAACCACGGACCGGUCACAGGCAACUCGCCCGGACGAUCCUACUUACCAUAUGAAUUUAAAUGGCAAGUGUUCAAGUCAAAUCAGCCCGAUGAGAAAUACUUUGUGAAAACUUACUGCUUCACACCAAAGAACCUGGAAGGCAGGAUACUAUGUAUUCCUAUAGCGAUUAAGACGGAUCCCGCCAGCCCUUUUAACAUGGAUCUGAUUAAACAAAUUAAGCUUAAUCAUGACUUUGGUGAGCUUUUAUCGAAACAGGAAAAAACUAACAUUGUAAUUGAGUCAGCUAGUCGAAAACAAUAUCAGGUGCAUAAGAUUAUUCUAGCGGCUCACAGUUCGCUAUUAAGAAACAAAGUUAAGAAUGACACGGACUCACUAUUCUUGGAUAUAAGCGACAAUGAUAUGGAGUUGCUUCUUCAAUUCUUAUAUACGGGUACUAUUAAAGAUAUAUUAAGACAAGACUGCAUUAAUCUGUUAGAUAUUGCAGGCAAAUUUGAGUUAAAUAACCUAUUUUUCCUAGUACAAUAUGCUAUAGCUGAACAAAUUAAUGUUGGAAACUGUAUGGAAAUCGCUCUCAUAUCGGAGAGAUACAAUUUAGAAAAACUGCAAACAACUGUUUUUCAGUUUAUAAAAGAGAAUCCUCAAGUUUAUGAGACGGAAGGAUGGAAAAACUUGAAUGACAUCAAUCUAGCGAAGAAAAUGUUUCAGUAUGUGAAUACAAAUAAGAGCACUUAA